GGGGGUGUCACGUCACUCAAUAGCACCCCCCAACCCCAAACUCACACAGUCUCACCCCCACUCUUCUUCAAACACUAUACAUGACGGCGCAAAGCAUUUCUUUCUCUUAGGCUUUUGCCCUUUUUUACGCCACACUCCUCUUUCUAUAUCUCCAUUCCUACUGAAAUCAAGCUCUUUUUCUCUACAUAUAUAUGGUGAUGGCUGACACCGAGGGUAGCGAUAACCCUGAUAAUCACGAAGAUCCUACUAAUGAUGUUGUUCCUCCUGCUACGCCGCCGCCGCCGCCCAAAUCGCCAUGGAAGACACCGCAACCACCUAUGGUUGACGUGCCGGUUGAGGCUGCUCAUGCUGAUUCCCAUUCUUGGCCGGCGCUUUCUUCGUUAAAAUCCCCUUCGGCUGCUGAUGCAGUUGCUACUAAUACUUCUGCAAUUUCUCCUAAACAAGUUCAGGUGCCUAACGAGCCUCAAAAGUCCCAUGGGCGUGGAAACCAUAAUUCAUCUUCUAGAUUCUCAACACGCCAACAUAAACCAGCCUCCAAACAUAACCCAAAUGGUGCACCAUCUUUUCAUGGACCAUUACCCUUCAAUCAACCACCAAUUCCACCUAUCUAUGGUGGCAUGGCACCUUGGCCCCCUCAUAUUCCUGUCUUGGGAUAUGCUUACCAGCCGCCAGCUGGAUCAUUUUCUGGUCCGCCACGUGGCAAUCCCAAUGCUUAUGGUGUGGAGUUUCCUAAUAGAAGACCAAAUGUGCAAGAAAAAGGAGACAACUUUACUUCUGGAAGGCAAAACAAUCAACCAUUAGGUUCAAAAGAGAAUGUUGAUGUGCAGCAAAAUGCUGGGCCAAGAGCUUUUAUAAGACCCCCCUUUUUUGGUCCACCUGCUGGAUUUAUAGGUGGACCUACCUUUCCAGGUCCUCCUGGUUCUAUUGUCUAUCUUCCUGCACGACCUCCAUUUUCUGUUCGGGUGCCACAUCCACCUUUUGUUGUUCCACAUCCCAUGAAUCCUGGGAUUCCUGUGUUACCUUCACAGACAGAAGUAAGAGCUAGCAUUAUAAAGCAGAUCGAAUACUAUUUCAGUGAUCAGAAUCUGCAAAGUGAUCGAUACCUUCUUUCCUUGAUGGAUGCCCAUGGAUGGGUUCCAAUAUCUACUAUUGCUGAUUUUAAAAGGGUUAAAAGCAUGAGUACAGAUAUACCAUUUAUUGUGGAUGCCUUACAGAGCUCUACUACUCUAGAAGUGCAGGAUGACAAGGUGAGAAGACGUGAGGAGUGGUCAAAGUGGAUUCCAACUUCUGUGGGCAAUAAAUCUACUUUAAUGGAAGAAAAGUCUGAAGUGGAAGUUAUUGAUUCUUUAAAUAAAGAUAGUGUUAGGGACAAGUUUCAAGGGACCGAUGAAUAUUCUGAAAGUAAAGUUACUAAUGGGGAUGAUGAGAAGCCGAAGGCUGUGAUUCAUGGUCAAAGUCAAGCAUCCAAUAAGGUCAAUGAGAUCUCUUUGAAAUUCUCGAGACAAAAUCUGGAUGACACAUCUGAUGAUUUUGGAAGCACGUUCAUGUUUGAUGAGGAGCUUGAGCUUGAACACAAAUCAGACAAGAAGGAUCAAUGUUCUUCUAAAACAAGGAUGGAUGAUGAAGAUGAUGAGAUGAUUGUUAAUGAUCAGGCAGUUGAGAGGCUUGUAAUUGUUACUCAGCAGAAUAACAGCAAUGGUGAAGGAGCUAAAGGUGCUGUAAAGGAAACAAAACCGUUUUCCAAUGAGCUUGCUUCUGCCAUAAAUGAUGGUCUAUACUACUAUGAACAGGAACUAAAAUCAAAACGAGGUAAAGGUAGAAGAAACAAUUUAACAAAUGAAAUGAAAGACGGGGUUUCGAAAUCUCCUAAAGUUUCUAGUCCUAUAGCCAAUCAUAAAGCUAUUGCAGGCAGUAUCUGUGAGAAUUCUAAUUCUAGAAGAAAACAAAAUAAAGGCUUCUCAAAUUCCAAACAACAACCACUGAAAAACCAGAGAUGGUUUUCUAGCAAUCUCAGGAAUAACAACAAUACAAGUGCCAGUGGUGGAAUUGUGUCAGAAAGUCCACCUAGUACUUCAGUUGGUUUUUUCUUCGGUUCUACACCUCCUGAUAAUCAUGGAUUGAGGUCUUCAAAGCUUGGUGCUUCUCCUCAUGGUGGAUUUACAGCAAGUAGUCCACCUGUAGGCUCCUUGCCAAAGCCAUUUCCGCCUUUCCAGCAUCCUAGUCAUCAGCUUCUAGAAGAAAACGGUUUCAGGCAGCAAAAGUAUGUCAAGUAUCACAAGAGAUGCCUAAAUGAUCGUAAGAAAUGUGGCAUUGGAUGCAGUGAGGAAAUGAAUACCCUCUACAGAUUCUGGUCAUAUUUUCUUAGGGACAUGUUUGUCCCUUCAAUGUACAAUGAAUUCAAGAAAAUCGCACUGGAAGAUGCAGCUGUUGGUUACAAUUAUGGAAUGGAAUGCCUCUUCAGAUUUUACAGUUAUGGUUUGGAAAAGGAAUUCAUAGAAGAUGUGUAUGAGGAUUUUGAACAGCUAACUCUCGAUUUCUACAAUAAGGGAAAUCUUUAUGGUCUUGAAAAAUACUGGGCAUUUCAUCACUAUUCUCGGUCAAAGGAACACAAAAAGCUCCCAGAACUUGAAAGGCUACUGAAAGAAGAAUACAGGAGUUUGAAUGACUUCAAACUCAAUCGCCCAAAAACAAAAUCCAAAAACGAUACCAAAUAAACAGCCACAUUUUUACAACAUAAGAGGGUCAGAUCCCUGGUCUUGCAUACAAAAUUUCCAGGAGCCACUUCCGAGUCUUUCAUACAAAUGCCAAGGGCCACCUGUAACAUACACGUU